AUGGAUGCUGUGGAACCAUCCGUUAUACUAACGGCAACAACAACGGCAAUCGCUACUACCCCUGCUGAUUUGAUAUCGUCUUACCUACCUAGGGUAGAUCAAUUCUAUAUUCCGGAAUGGUUGACCAUGCAAUUCAUUGCUAAUAACCUCAUUAGCUUUACUCCAUUGUUUUCGUAUGGUACAACAAUUAUUAGUAUCGAAAAAUCGAAAACUGCUCUGGGAUUUUCUAUUGAUAUCUGUGCGACUAUGUUAAUUGCAAGCAUAUUGAGAGUCUCAUAUUAUUUAAUUUCACCAUAUGAAAUAACGCUGUUGAGGCAAGCGUUGGUCAUGAUCUUCAUACAAUUGAUCUUGUUAAAGACAAGUUUGAAAUACAGACCAGAUGAAUAUAAAUACCAUAACUUGAAGAGUGUCGAAACAUUUUCUCAGUUAUUUAAAGAAAUAUGGUACGAAUCAUUUCAAAGUGUAAGUCUGAGCCACGAAGAAGAUAAUUUUUCAGCAUUGACGAGAAUUUGCAAGUUUCUUUAUAAAUUUCUGUUGAUCUUUCUUUACAAAUUCCUAAAGUUUUUCGAUCCAAGUUACAAAAGGUUUGGAUCCUUUUGGCAAUGGGAUAAGAAUAGAACAUUCUGGAAAUUCUUACUCAUCUUUACUUUUCUACAAAUGAUAGUGACUUUCUCCAUAUCAAAUAUUUUAAACUGGAGUUCUUUGGAAAGCUUCCUUGGAUCUGUGAUAGGUUCUCUUGGUUUAUUCAUAGAGGCAUUAUUACCGUUACCUCAAAUUUCUAUUCUUAAUAAGUUGAAAUCUAUUCAAGGUUUUAAGUUAAUCUUAUUAGUAAGUUGGCUAUGUGGUGAUACUUUAAAGAUCACAUAUUUGAUGUUUGGAGCUAAAAACAUAUCAAUGCUGUUUUUUUUCUUUGCUUUUUUCCAAAUGUCCUUAGAUAUUUAUAUUGGAGGCCAAUACGUUUAUUAUAAAUAUUAUUAUAAUAAGUCCGAAGAUUCAGAUGAAGAAUUUCCAGGAAUUGAGCUAACUACAUUUGGAUUUAAUAACCCCCAAGUUUUACAAUUAGAAAACAGAGAAGAUACCCCUCAGGAUCAAUAUACAGGAUCAACAUCGCAUGCGAAACCAAGAACACUAAGUGUAUAG